AUGUAUUCCCCUCCCCAUUUUACUUUCGACAACGACUACCCCAGCCAGUACUCAAUGCCGGCCAUUUUUGGCGACACUUCUACUGCCAACUACCUGGGCUUGCAGCAUGACCUGGCCGGCAACGGCUGGUCUUCUAACCAGGGAAUGUCCUACCUGCCGGAUGCCGCUCCGGGCAACCCCCGUGUCAGUCCCGCCGGCACUGCAUACAGCAGCUUCUCGUCGUCCGGAGCAUCGGACGCCAUGGCCUCGAUGAGCCUUGAUACUCCCAUGUUGAACCAUGCCAGACCCUCAGACAUGAUCAUCUCUUGCCCCUCAACCGUAUCACCCAAGGUUCUCCGCAUCAACCCUUCCCCUGCCCCGACAUCCUCAUCCGAGUCGGUACAUGCCGCACUCUAUUCUGCUAGCGAUAGCCAGCUAUCGAGCUCAUCAUCCUUCGACCAGUCCUACCUGCCGACCGUUCCGACUUCUUCAUCCAAGAGACUCAACGCCAAGGGUCGCAAGCAGCUUCCAGACAAGCCGAGAAAAUCAAGCAACACCGACGUACCAGCUCCGUCGGCUAGAAGCAGAGGCUCGUCGCGCCAGAAUCAGCCCGCAGAGCAGCAGGCCUUGACCUGCCACCCCAAAAGUCUGGUCGAAAUCAAGCCCAAACCUGCACGCAGUGCUGUGGUCGAGUCGCCAGCUGCAGAACUGCCGCCCCAAGCCAUUGAGCGCAACAAGAAGGACAAGUUCCUUGUCGACUCCAAGCUGGCUGGUAUGACUUACAAGGAGAUACGACGCAAGGGCGGCUUCACAGAGGCCGAGUCGACACUGCGCGGCCGCUUUCGAACCCUGACCAAGAACAAGGAAGCGAGAGUUCGCAAGCCCGAGUGGACCGACACAGAUAUUCGCCUUCUCAAGAAGGCUGUGCGAAAGUUCGCCAAGGGCGAGGAUGUCACGCCGAGCAAGAUCCCCUGGAAGCAGGUUUCCGAGUACAUCACCACCCAUGGUGGCUCGUACCAAUUCGGCAACGCGACUUGCCGCCGGCGAUGGGACGAGCUCGUUGACCAAGGAGAGUAA